GAAAUUUUUCUUUAUUUAUUUUUAGGAUGUCGGAAAAGGAGCUAAAAUUUGGUUCAAGCGAUCCUCCUGCAUACAGCCAUGCUGAUGUUUACAAUGUUGAACUCGAAAAGGGACUUCCUUUGCAUAAACCAAAAGACAUAAACAAAACUUCCAAUUCAACGUCUGUCAAAGCCAAACAAAGCAAAAAAACGAUAAUGACUGAAUCCAACAGCUUUCUUGAGUCCAUAAAGGAGCUUCACUGCAAAACAUCAGAAUUAGUAAACUAUGGUUUUCCCGAAAAUGUGGUCCUCAAACACAGAAACUAUCGUUUAUUAUCAACAGCAGUUUUUUCGUUGCUGUGUACAGCAGCAAUCUCCUAUCCUUUCGAACCCUUUUCUUGGCUAAAAAAUGCCUUUAAUGAAAAUAAAUAUGAUUGGACCCUUCUUGGUCUUUUAGUUCUUUUGAUUGUGAUAUGGACAAUAUUCUAUGCUUUUUUCUAUUUCUUUCAUCCAAUUGCCAUCGGGGCAAUAAGAGCCUUGCCCUACUCCAUAAUCUUUGUGUGUAUUGCCAUUGGUAAUAUUGGAGUAUUGCUUGGUGAUAUUAUUUAUGCUGUUGCCCAAGGAUUUUAUAUAGUUUUCAUGUAUUUCCUUGGUUUAGACUUUGCAAAUACAACUGAAACCACCGGUUCGCCUACGUUGCCCAGAUAUCAGCAAAGGGAUGAUGCACUAGCUCCUCCGCCGACGACUACGAACGAAGAAAUAGAGCUGCAGAGCAAUCCUACCACUCAAGGUUAAUGC